AUGCGUGGCGUCGCGACGGCAGUCGGCCGGCGGACGCCGCGCGCGACGGACGCCUCGCGCCAUGUGACCCUGCCGGCGCCCGCCAUGACCGAGGGGGCGGGCAGGCCCAGGCCCGCGCCGCCCCGGAAGCCGGACUCCCUGACUCUGUGGCCCUGGGACGACCCUCCGCCGCCGGCCCCCGAACCUACGAAGCCUCCUCUGCCUCUCGCGGAUUUCGGCGGCUUCUCCCCGUACACGCCGCCCGCUCCCAUCCAGCCCGAGCGUCGUCCGCGGCGGCCUCAGAGCGCGGUGUCGGGCCGCCAGGUGCCGCCGGUCCCGAGGAGGCCUCACUCCCUGGGCGCCGUGGACGAUGACUGGCUCGGGCCGGGCCCGGGCCUGGUGGCGCCGGUGCCUCUCCGGCCCGCGCCUCACGCCACGCUGCCUCGCGUGCUCACCAUGCCGUCCUCCCGCAGUGACUAUCAGUUACAACGGCCCGCGAUUAUGACGAACGGUUAUGGUGCUGUGCCGCCGUCGACUUCUAGAAGGUUGUCCCUGCCGGGGGUCCAGAACGCCCCCAAGCUAUCCGCGACGUUCCACGGCCUGUCGGGUCUCAUGGGCCCCGUGCCCUCCCUGGGGACCCCCGGGACCCCGAGCACGCCGGCCGCCGUGCGGGAGGCCGUGCGUCACCUGCUGCAGCAGCCCCGGAACGGGUUCCCCAUCAUGGACCACAAGCUGUCUCUGUUCAUCGACAUACUCGACGCCCAAGAAAGAUUUUCACAGAUCACUAAAAUGAUGUUAUUACUCAGUGCACGUACGCUAUUCAAUAACACUUACUGUGGAAACAGGGACUUUAACGAUUCAGAGAGGCCCGCGAUGAAUAGGAAUAUGUACCGGGGAAAGAGACGUCGCGACGGCUCGGGAGAAAUGUGGACCGAAAUACAAGGAGACGAUUAG